AUGGCGGUGGUGGGCGGCGCGAUGGUGCGCGCGGGGCGCGUGGUGUUCGAGGGGUCCGUCAUGCUCGGCUCGCUCGCCGCGCUCUUCGCCACCGGCUGGUGGUUCCUCGUCGCGCGCCUCUACAAGGACUACGACGAGCAGUAUUUGGCAUUGGAGGACUACGAGGAGCAGUACCUGCCGGUGGAGGACUACGAGGAGCAGUACCUGCCGGUGGAGGACUACGAGGAGCAGUACCUGGCGGUGGAGGUGCUCUUCGCGGCUGUCUUCGCGCUCUCCUGCAAUCUGCUGCAGCUCGUGCUCUUUGAGAUCCUGCCCGUGCUCGGCACCAGUGCGCGGCUGUGGAACUGGCGCUUUGACCUCUCGCUGCUGCUCGCGCUGCUGCUCAUCGUGCUGCCCUGCUACCACUCCUUCCUCGUCCUCGCCAACACCGGUACGAGGCGGCAAAUGCUGCUACACGCCCACCACACUUAUACGCGCCAUGCACCCCUGCGCACAGCACACCCAUACAUGCUGCCCAUCGUGCUGCCCUUCUAUGCUACCACUCCUUCCUCGUCCUCGCUAACACCGGGGCGUGGUGCGCUUGCCCACCUCCCAUCUGCCCUACAUUGCCGCUCUGCGCUCUCAUCUCUCCCAUGCGCACUGCUCAACCCAUCACUCGCCUCCUGCUCGCCCCAUACCACGCAUGAGGAGGUGCCUCGGAGCAUGAGGAGGGAGCGUGCAGCAGCGGGGGCGGUGGUGUUUCUGGGAGGCUUUCUCUACCUCUUCUGGCGCAUGGGCAUCUCCUUCCCCAUGCCCACGCCCGAUAAAGGUGCAAGCCUCUCCGUGCUCAUACCCACUCUCAAUAAAGGCAGGCGUGCGAACCUCACUCCAUGUCCCCAUGCUGAAUUCCACUGUGCAGAUGCUGACCUGCGUGUUGGGGGUGGUAGGAACCACGGCCAUAGCCGUACAUUGUUCCCCUCCUCUGCGCUCCACUACCUUUCCUUCCUCUAUGUCUUUCUCCUCCGCCACCCCUUCCCCCCCCUGCGUCUCCUCCUCUCACUCCCCCACGUGGCCCUGCGCGCAGGUCUCGUCACAGUGGCGCAGAUGGUGAGCCGCGUGGGGGUGAUAGGAGUCACGCUCAUGGCUGUGCUCUCAGGCUACGGGGCGGUCAACCUGCCCUUCACCUACCUCUCACUCUUCAUCAGGCUACGGGGCGGUCAACCUGCCCUUCACCUACCUCUCACUCUUCAUCAGGUGAGACAGCUGUUAUUCUUCUUGAACUACAAGCACGUGGCAGUGCUGUGCUCUCAGGCUACGGGGCGGUCAACCUGCCCUUCACCUACCUCUCACUCUUCAUCAGGUGAGACAGCUGUUAUUCUUCUUGAACUACAAGCACGUGGCAGUGCUGUGCUGUCAGGCUACGGGGCGGUCAACCUGCCCUUCACCUACCUCUCACUCUUCAUCAGUGCUGUGCUGUCAGGCUACGGGGCGGUCAACCUGCCCUUCACCUACCUCUCACUCUUCAUCAGGCUACGGGGCGGUCAACCUGCCCUUCACCUACCUCUCACUCUUCAUCAGGUGAGACAGCUGUUAUUCUUCUUGAACUACAAGCACGUGGCAGUGCUGUGCUGUCAGGCUACGGGGCGGUCAACCUGCCCUAAAUCAGGUAACACCUACCCCUCGCUGUUCAGCAUAGAUAUGCUGGUGGGGAAGAAGAGAAGAGGCGUGCUGCUCAUGUUACACACGAGUGCAAGCAACCCCUUCCAGUGGGAGAUAGGAGAGGCGCAGAUGUGGUUGUUGGAGCAGCAAAUGCACGGAGAUAGACGAGGCGGAGAUAGGGGCGUUGGAGCGGCGGCUGAGGCACGGAAUGGAGAUGCUGGUGGGGAAGAAGGAGAGAGGCGUGCUGCUCUGCUCAUGUUCCACAUGCGUGCUGCCCCUUGCGCUUGUGUGCUGCCCCCUCCACAUGCGUGCUGCCCUCCACAUGCGUGCUGCCCUCCACAUGCAUGCUGCCCCUUGCGCUUGUGUGCUGCCCCCUCCACAUGCGUGCUGCCCUCCACAUGCGUGCUGCCCCUUGCGCUUGUGUGCUGCCCCCUCCACAUGCGUGCUGCCCUCCACAUGCGUGCUGCCCUCCACAUGCAUGCUGCCCUCCACAUGCAUGCUGCCCACGGCAGGGAGAUAGACGAGGCGGAGAUAGGCACGUUGGAGCGGCGGUUGAGGCACGGCAUGGAGAUGCUGGUGGGGAAGAAGAAGCGAUCCCUUCUCAUGCGCAUGCACCUCGACCGCACCCACCCGCACCUCAUGCAAAAGAGCUCCAGCUUCACAAGCUCUCGGGACUGUACGAGGGUCCAUAAGGGCGUCAGGCUUCCCAUGGCUCUCACCCCCCUCCCCCUCCCCCCCCCCUCUCUGCUUCCUUCCUUCCUUCCUUCCUUCCCCCUCAUCUCCCGUUUUCCCGUGGACCCCUUUUCCUCCCUCAUGCCCACAUCUCCCCUCCCACCUUCCCCUGUCCGUCCCCCCUGCAUGCGUGCUCGCCGAACCUGUGUUGUGCCGACCAUCUGGAUUGCAUGGGCCCCAGGCGGGCCGACUGAAUUGCAUGGGCUCCAGGCGGGCCGACUGCCUCUCCUGUCAUCCCCCUUCCAUGCCGCGUCUCGAACGGUCCUUCCAUGCCUCUUCUCUCUCUCCACUGCGCCGACCACUGGAAGGGAAGCUGCAUGCCCUCACAGGAGCUCUCUGCAUGCCCUCACAGGAGCUCUCUGCAUGCCCUCACAGGAGCUCUCUGCAUGCCCUCACAGGAGCUCUCUGCAUGCCCUCACAGGAGCUCUCUGCAUGCCCUCACAGGAGCUCUCUGCAUGCCCUCACAGGAGCUCUCUGCAUGCCCUCACAGGAGCUCUCUGCAUGCCCUCACAGGAGCUCUCUGCAUGCCCUCACAGGAGCUCUCUGCAUGCCCUCACAGGAGCUCUCUGCAUGCCCUCACAGGAGCUGUCUGCAUGCCCUCACAGGAUCUCUCUGCAUGCCCUCACAGGAGCUCUCUGCAUGCCCUCACAGGAGCUCUCUGCAUGCCCUCACAGGAUCUCUCUGCUUUUCAGCAGAGCUGCAUGGGAAUGCACGGGGUGCGUCUGUGCUGCGUCGAUUCGUGGGGCUGCUGAUGCGCGCCCCAGGGAGGAGGAGAGGGACGAAGGUGGGGCAGGAAAGAAGGUGGGGAGGAAUGGAAGGUGGGGAGGAAUGGAAGGUGGGGGAGGAAUGGAAGGUGGGGAGGAAUGGAAGGUGGGGAGGAAUGGAAGGUGGGGAGGAAUGGAAGGUGGGGAGGAAUGGAAGGGUGGGGAGGAAUGGAAGGUGGGGAGGAAUGGAAGGUGGGGAGGAAUGGAAGGUGGGGAGGAAUGGAAGGUGGGGAGGAAAGGAAGGUGGGGAGGAAUGGAAGGUGGGAGGAAGGAAGGUGGGGAGGAAUGGAAGGUGGGGAGGAAUGGAAGGUGGGGAGGAAUGGAAGGGUGGGAGGAAUGGAAGGUGGGGAGGAAUGGAAGGGUGGGGAGGAAAGGAAGGUGGGGAGGAAUGGAAGGUGGGGAGGAAAGGAAGGUGGGGAGGAAUGGAAGGUGGGGAGGAAAGGAAGGUGGGGAGGAAAGGAAGGUGGGGAGGAAAGGAAGGUGGGGAGGAAAGGAAGGUGGGGAGGAAAGGAAGGUGGGGGGGAGGGAAGGAGGUGUUGAGGUGCGGGAGUGCAUGCCGCUGAAGGGCUACCCCCCGCUGCUGCUGGAGCUGCACGCCACAGAGGCGGAGAUGAAGAAGCUGUGGGACUAUCCAUUCCCCCCAUCUCCCGCUACCCCCCCCGUCUUCACUCACCCACCAGAGAGCAUGCGGCUGAAGGGGUAA